UUGCAGACGGCUGCCAGAGAUACGGGACACUUCAGAAAUCUUUCCUGAUUGAGUUCCAGCUCUCGCGGGAGGCCCCGGACCCCCAGGGCUCGCUUGCAGGAGUGAGAAGAAUUCGGGCCCUUGAGGACUGACCCCACCCCCAGGUGAUGUGGAUGAGGUCAACGCCAUCCUAAGACUUCCGGAGAGACAUGAGUAGCGACACGACCCAGCGCUCGGUGAUUUGGGUUCUCCUCUUUGCCCUCAUCAUGCUCCUCAUCCUCUACAGCUCCAACAGCGGCAACGAGGUCUUCCAUUACACCGCCCUGCGGGCCCGAUUCCAGCGUCCCACCAACCUCAAGAAAUGGGGAGUCGCCGAAAGCUACGUCCCGGUGUCCGGGAACAAGACCCUGACCACCCGUUGCCACCAGUGUGUGGUCAUCACCAGCUCCAGCCACCUCCUGGGCAGCAAGCUGGGGCCCGAGAUCGAGCGGGCAGAGUGCACCAUCCGCAUGAAUGACGCGCCCACCACCAGCUUCGACGCCGACGUGGGCAACAAGACCACCUUUCGCGUGGUGGCCCACUCCAGCGUCUACCGAGUCCUCAAGAGGCCCCAGGAGUUUGUCAACAAGACCCCGGAUACGGUGUUCAUCUUCUGGGGGCCCCCGAGCAAGAUGCAGAAGCCCAACGGCAUCCUGUUGCGCAUCAUCCAGCGCGUCAGCCUCUCCUUCCCCAAUAUGACUGCCUACGUCGUCUCGCCCGCCCGGAUGAAGCAGUUUGACGACCUCUUUCGGGGUGAAACGGGCCGAGACAGGGAGAAGUCCCACUCCUGGCUGAGCACCGGCUGGUUCACUAUGGUGAUUGCAGUGGAGCUCUGUGACCGGGUGCACGUCUAUGGGAUGGUGCCGCCAAACUACUGCAGCCGGCGGCCCCAGCCCCACCGGAUGCCCUAUCACUACUAUGAACCCAAGGGACCGGACGAGUGUGUCACUUACAUCCAGAACGAGCGCAGCCGCAAGGGAAACCACCACCGCUUCAUCACCGAGAAGAAGGUCUUCUCCUCCUGGGCUCAACUCUAUAACAUCACGUUCUCCCACCCCUCCUGGACAUAGAGCGUGGCCCAGCCAAUUAUCGGGACCCUGGGGGUAUGUCCCGGUCAAUCAUCGGGGCCCUGGGGGUCAAGUCCCAGCCAGUCAUCGGGACCUUGGGGUCAGUCCCAGCUAAUCAUUGGGGGCCCAGGGUCAUGACCCAGCCAAACAAUGGGGCCCAGGGGCCAGAUCUCAGCCCACCAUCGGGGCCCUGGGGCCUUGUCCCAGCCAAUCAUUGGGGUCCUGGGGGUCUUGUGCCAGACAAUCAUCGUGGUCCUGGGGCCAUGUCCUGGUGUCUGUGACCCACCUGCCUAUCAAGAGUACUGACAUAAAUUCCCCUGCUAUCAGCUAGGUCCUGAGCAGGUAUCUCAGCCUCUUUUAAAGGCUUGGAAAUUCCCCACCUGGACGUUCACUUUGUCCCCCAGACCUCAUCCCUGCCCUCCAUCCCAAGGGAAGCCAAAGCCCCCAAGAAUGUAGCUGACACGGGGCCAUGGGCUCCCUGUACCCUGACAGACCCGGGGCACCUACCCCCUCAGUCCCAGGCUCUCACCCCUACCCCAAGGGAGUGGGGCAGGGCAAGGAGCGACUCCAGCAGAGAAGCUGCCUGAGCCAAGUGUGCCCCAAUUUCUCUAUUUCCCAGGGCCCCGGCUGCCCCAUUUGCUUCUAGACCUGCUUCCCCAGCAAGAGCACCAUCCGGCUCUAGCUCAGAGGAACUGAUCCUGCCCCUUUGCUCCAGGCUUCCUCCCCAGAGGGGUGGCCUUUCCAAAGCUUCAGUUCCCCUCUCCCACACCACCCACACCAUUCCCUCCCCUCCCCACACAAGCCCAGAACCGAGGGAGAAAGGCUGAUGGAGUGGGACCUUAGGGCCGAUCUUUGCCCUUAGCUCAGAAAGGGACAGACGGGUUCCUCCUGAAAAGCUCCCCCCGAGCACUCCUCAGGCCAAGAGAAAGGUCCAUUCCCCUCUCCCCGACCCCAUCGAAGGUCACUGGGUCAAGAAGGACAUGUAACUUCUGGACAGGCCUGUCUCUGGGCAUUUGUGGAAAGGCUACAAGUCCCAGAAACCCACAGGGCCUAAGCCUCCUACAAGUGGAAGUAAUUGGGCCCCAACGUUUUUGGAAGUCCCACAUUCCUGGGACUGGGCUAGGACAGGUUCCCAAAUCCUAGUCCUUCCUCCCAAACCCACCCAUCCUCCCAUUGCACAUCCCAACAGGGGGGCAUUGUUGGGGACUGGCAGCCAGGAGAGGCCCCUACUGGCCCUUCUCCCACUGCCAAGACCAGGUCACCGCAGGAGUCAAACGAUCCCAACGUCCCCUCAUAGCACGUCCGGCACCCAGCUCCCGUCCCCUCCUCAAUCGCUUUCUCCUGCCCCGUCCCCUCCAGGCCCGUGUCCUCCUCCAAAUGGAACUUGCUUCUAGUGGUUGGCCCAGGCCCCAAGCCUCAGUCAAGUUCCUGGUAAGCAGGGGGCCGGGCUGAGGGUAGGGUCUGGCAUUGGGGUUGCCCCCAGGACCGGGAUAUUGGCUGGGUGGGGAGUCCCAUUUGGCACUUUAGAGAGCACCUUUCUUGACAGCCCCAGGGACCCUGAUUUUCAGGCCCAGAGGGCUCCCACCACCCACCCUCCCUCAGGGUUGUGGGAGUGAGGACAUCUGCUUUCCCCGCCUUAGACAGUCACUUUACCUCUGGGCCUCGGCUUUCCCUGCCAGAGGCGGAGAUUGGCUUUCGCAAGCUCCGCUCUCCAGCCUGGCCUCACUCUGUUGAAGAAGGGAGAAUCCCAGGACCCAAAGCGAAGAAAGGGGAAGGAAGCCCCGGGGCCUGGUUUGGCACCUGGAGAAGCAGGGUACCAGGGGCAGGCCGAGGCCCUCAGAAACUCACUGCACACUCCCAUGGUGGAGGGCAAGCCGGGGCCAGGCCUGGACGGGAGGUGCCGGGAUGAACUGGUCCCGCCCACCCAGAGGUUGUUUUGUAAUGGUUUGUACAGGAAUAAAUAUUGCUACGAUGUCACUGUCCCGCUCUGGGCGUCUCGGGCUGGGAAGUUAAUCCCACCUGCCAGGGUCCUAUCUCCAGUCUUCCUCCUCUUCCUCUCCAGCACAGGCCCCGACUGGGCAGACCGAGAGCAGAGCCCUGGGCAAUGGGUGCCUGGGACCACACCGCGGUCCGGCCUAGGAUCCUAUCCUCGAGGAGCUUACAAUCUAGUUGGAAGGAGAAGAGCCAAAUAGCCUGGGUACCA